AUGAUUGAACGAGCCGACAUCGAAGGAUCAAAAAGCAACGUCGCUACGAACGCUUGGCUGCCAAUGUCAUCGUCGGUCCAGAAAUUUUUCAUCGGACAGGUCCACCCAAAGACACAAUCAUCACAGCACUUCGACAGAUACCGGACUAUCAACCGGCCUCCGCCCGUGGACCACAAGAAUACCACGGAUACCGCAAAACAGGAGCGCCCAACGAACCUCGUUCAUCGGUCUCGGUAUUCGGUCAAACCCCGGACAAAGAAAACCAAGCAUGAGCCUCUACCCGCCAUGAAGCCAUAUUCUUGGAAAUCAUGGAAAGAGAAACCAGAAAGUUCAACUGUCGACACGACCGACGCCAAACCCAAAAACAUCAAAAAUGCACUGGAGAACGAUGUCGCCGUUGCCAAGGAGGCCAACACUACACACAGAAGCAAACCCAAGCUUGUCGAGGACUAUGCCAGCUCAUAA